GGUAUGACCAAGAGACGUAAAAACGAAGAAAUAGGUUUUGGUUAAUUUCAUUAUUUGCCAGGAGUUAGACGAUUUACGAUGGCAAAAAGCAUUAGAAGCAAAUGGAAAAGAAAGUGCCGUGCUAUUAAAAGGAUCCGUUAUGGACAGAAAGAACUUGAGAUAUUAAAAAAAACUUUGGGAAACGAAUAUCAGAAUGAAAAUGAAGCUAUGGCUGUUACAAACUUGAAAGAUGUUUCCAACACAGAUGUUGACAAUGAGACCCACUUGCCGGAACCCUCCAAGGAGCAUAUGGAUAUAGAUGAAAUUAAAAACGAGUUUAACACUAGAACCCUUCGCAACAAGAAUGGUGCAUAUCCUGUGUGGCUCCAUCCUCGUAAGAUUAGAUGCUCUAAGAAAGCCAAGAAAAGGAAGGCAAAAGGUCUAUAAAUCAAACUAAAUUGAACUCUGAGUCCAUGGCAAUUCAUGGACCACCUUUAUUUAUGUGUAAAAAUUAUGAAUUGGAAGCAGUUAAGGAUAUCGUCCAAUAAAUAUUAAGCAGAA